AUCAAUAAUCUUAUCCCUGUGCAAUAAUUCUAAAUUUCUAAUGGAUUUGUACAUGAUAUGCAAUUCUUCUAAUCCUAUCGUAUUGAGUUUUUUUAAAAAAAUUUAUCUGUGACCUUUUUGAUUUAAUUGUAUUAUUGAACUUAUAUUGGAUCCAGCAAUCCGAGCUUUCAAAUUUUCUAACUUUUUUUUUUUUGAGAAUAUGUAUCUGAAAAUAAAGUUUUCUUUCUAACUACGCACCCAAUUCGAUAAUAUUUCUCGAGUUCUUGUUGUAUGGAUGCUUGAAAAUGUUGUACUCUAUGUAUUUUCCCUAACAUAUUGAUAGUUGUUUCAUCAAAACACACACACACACACACAUUGCUAGUUGUUUUCUCAAACUGUAAGUAGAUGGGUAAAGAAUUGUUGUAUUAUUUAAUAAAUACUGAAUUAAAGAUAAUAGAGCACUGGAGAACCUUUGGCUCUCUUACCAUUUUUAUUGGAUGCCAUUUCAGAUACUACAGAUCUCUUCCACCCGUGACCAAGGCUUAUGGAGUCUUCUGUCUGAUGACCUCGGCAGCUUGUCGUCUCCACUUGCUCAAUGCCCGCUAUAUUUUGUUAUUCUAUGAUCUCGUUCUGAAACAAUUUCAGGUUUGGAGGCUUGUAACGAACUUCUUCUUCCUUGGUCCAUUUUCCAUAUAUUUCGGCUUACGCUUUCUGAUGCUAGCAAGAUACGGUGUUCUGCUGGAGAAGGGGGCAUUUAAACAGAGGACUGCAGACUUCCUAUGGAUGAUGAUCUUUGGAGCAUUGUCAUUGCUGGUAAUUGGCUUGAUCCCGCAAUUUCAUUUUCCGUACAUGGGUCCCUCCUUGGUGUUCAUGAUGCUCUAUGUUUGGUCAAGGGAGGUUCCAGAUUCACAGAUCUCCAUUGCAGGCUUAGUGACUAUAAAGGGUGUCUAUCUCCCAUGGGCUAUGCUUGUACUGGAUUUAAUCUUCAACAAUCCCCUGGUACCAGAUAUCUUGGGAAUCCUUGCUGGGCACUUGUACUACUUCCUUGCAGUUCUUUAUCCUCUUUCUGGAGGGAAGAACAUACUGAAGACUCCUCUAUGGGUUCACAAGUUGGUUGCAUAUUGGGGCGAGGGAGCUCAGAUGAACAGCCCGGUGCAGCCUAAUCGGCAUGCUGGCGUCGCAUUUAGGGGAAGAAGCUACCGAUUGAACAGAUAGAUAACGGAGAACCAAGUACUAAAUUGGAGAACGAGGUUAUGUUAAAUAUCUUGAAACUUCACCUGUGCUGAGCUAUGUAUAUGAAAGGUCUGGAUUUAUUAAUCUUCCUUGUUCUGAGGAUGGGAUUAUGUUAGAUAUCUUGAAAUUUUAGUAGUGCUGAACUAUGUAUAUGAAAGGUCUUGAUUUAUUAAUCUUCCUUGUUCC